ACAUUAACAGCCGCCACCAAGAGAAGGACAUUUUCGUAAAAUCGUAAUACAACGAAACCCUAGCGAGCCCUCUAUAAAAAUGGAGAGCAUCUAUCUCAGUUGUUUGACAGUACUGGUUUCUUUCGAAGAUGUCGAAGCGGGGGCGCGGAGGUAGCGCCGGAAACAAGUUCCGGAUGUCGCUGGGUCUCCCGGUUGCAGCCACGGUGAACUGCGCUGACAAUACUGGUGCGAAGAACCUGUAUAUAAUCUCUGUGAAGGGGAUCAAGGGACGUCUCAACCGGCUCCCAUCCGCUUGUGUUGGUGACAUGGUUAUGGCCACCGUCAAGAAGGGCAAACCAGAUCUGAGAAAAAAGGUCAUGCCCGCUGUCAUCGUACGGCAGCGCAAGCCUUGGCGUCGAAAGGAUGGAGUCUACAUGUACUUCGAAGAUAAUGCUGGUGUUAUUGUGAAUCCAAAAGGGGAAAUGAAAGGUUCUGCAAUUACAGGACCUAUUGGGAAGGAAUGUGCCGAUUUAUGGCCAAGGAUUGCUAGUGCUGCGAAUGCAAUUGUUUAGUUACAUUCAGGAAAGUUUCAAGUUGUCCUACAGAACUGCCAUGCUCCUUUUUAAAUUUUUUGCUACAAUAUUAUUUUCUUUGAACUUUGAGCUAAUUCUGUAAUGCAUUGAACCAAUAAAUUUUGUGAAAGCUGAUGUUGAGAGAAAGUUUAAUUUCGUUACA